GUAGGUUGUACAUGCGAGUGGAAAAUGUAUGUGCUCUAAUGAGGCCGCUUGGCGGAGGCUGUGGCUGCAGCUGUGAAGGGACGGGGGAUAUUUACCCUAUACCCACAACAUGUUCCACUCAGUCUGAGGACGACAGGGGCGACGCGAGCACCGGAGGAACAAAGACAAAGAGAACAAAGGUCAGACUGGAGCUCCGCUGCCGUCGCCCAGCGAUCAUGUGGACAGGGCUCCUCCUCGUACUGGGAACGCUGGAGCUGGGCCUCAGCCAGCGGCUCAGCCAGCUCCAGUGGCUGUCGCGCCUGCGGGGCCGCCGGCGGCCCGCGGGCUGGCCGGCCCCGGACCCAGACUGCCCCCUGGAGUGCGACUGCCCCCCCGCCUACCCCACGGCCAUGUACUGCCACGGCCGCGGCCUGCAGCACGUGCCCUACGUCCCGUCUCACGUGAAGUACGUCUACCUGCAGCACAACCGGAUCGCCGGCAUCCCGGACGGCGUGUUCGACGGCGCCACCGCCCUGGUGUGGGUGGUGCUGUUUCACAACCAGCUCAGCUCAGACAAGGUUGGCAAGAACGUGUUCGCCAAGCUGAGGAGGCUGGAGCGGCUCUUCCUGGAGCACAACGAGCUCAUGCGGGUGCCUCCCAACCUGCCCACGUCCAUAACGGACCUGCGACUCGGCCACAACAGGAUCUCCCAGCUCCUGCCCGGCUCCUUCGAAGGGAUGGCCAACCUCACCAGCCUCCAGCUCCAGGCCAACGACAUAGAAGAUGCCGGCGACGCGUUCAGGGGACUGAAGUCUCUCACCACGCUGGACAUGAGCAGAAACCGCCUGGGCAGGAUCCCCGAGCACCUCCCCGAGGGGCUGCAGCAGCUCUACCUGGAGUUCAACAGCGUGGACCGCGUCCCGGCCGGGUUCCUCGCCGCGGCGCCUCAGCUGCAGUUCGUCCGCUUGGCUCACAACAAGCUGAGGGACGGGGGACUUCCAGCCAACGCCUUCAACGUCAGCACGCUGGUAGAGCUGGACCUGUCCUUCAACAAGCUGGAGAGGAUCCCUGUUGUCAGCAGGAACCUGGAGAACCUCUACCUUCAAGCCAAUGAGAUCAAAGAGUUCAGCCUGAGCAGUUUCUGCAGCACGGUCGACAUGACGACCUUCUCCAGGCUGCGGGUGCUGCGUCUGGACUCCAACCACAUCAGCGCCAAAGACAUUCCUGCUGAAGCUGCCUACUGUCUGAGACGCGUGGCCUUCAUCGAUGUGUGACUCCUACAUCGACGUGUGACUCCUUCAUCGAUGCGUGACUCCUUCAUCGAUGCGUGACUCCUUAAUCAACGCAUGACUCCUUCAUCGAUGCGUGACUCCUUCAUCGACGCAUGACUCCUUCAUCGACGUGUGACGCAUUAAUCGACGUGUGACUCCUUCAUCGAUGCGUGACUCCUUAAUCAACGCAUGACUCCUUCAUCAAUAUGUGACUCCUUCAUCGAUGUGUGACUCCUUCAUCGAUGCGUGACUCCUUAAUCGACGCAUGACUCCUUCAUCAACGCGCGACUCCUUCAUCGAUGCGUGACUACUUCAUCGAUGCGUGACUCCUUCAUCGACGCAUGAGUCCUUCAUCGACGCAUGACUACUUCAUCGAUGCGUGACUCCUUCAUCGACGCAUGACUCCUUCAUCAACGCAUGACUACUUCAUCGAUGUGUGACUCCUUCAUCGACGUGUGACGCAUUAAUCGACGUGUGACUCCUUCAUCGAUGUUUGACUCCUUCAUCGGUGUGUGACUCCUUCAUCAACGCGUGACUCCUUCAUCGAUGUGUGACUCCUUUAUCGACGUGUGACUCCUUCAUCGACGUGUGACUCCUUCAUCGACGUGUGACUCCCUCAUCGAUGUGUGACUCCUUCAUCGACGUGUGACUCCUUCAUCGAUGUUUGAUUCCUUCAUCGACGUGUGACUCCUUCAUCGAUGUUUGACUCCUUCAUUGACGUGUGACGCAUUAAUCGACGUGUGACUCCUUCAUCGAUGUGUGACUCCUUCAUCGAUGUUUGACUCCUUCAUCGGUGUGUGACUCCUUCAUCAACACGUGACUCCUUCAUCGAUGUGUGACUCCUUUAUCGACGUGUGACUCCUUCAUCGACAUGUGACGCAUUAAUCGACGUGUGACUCCUUUAUCGACGUGUGACUCCUUCAACGACGUUUGAUUUCUUCAUUGAUGUGUGACUCCUUCACUGUCUCAUGUCACCAUCAUUUCAAAUAUGACAAACAUAUAAUUUCUCAGUAAUAGAUCGUUGGUAAUAAAUUAUUAUUAUUAUUAUUAUUAUUAUUAUUAUUAUUAUUAUUAUUAUUAUUAUUAUUAUUAUUAUUAUUAUUAUUAUUAUUAUUAUUAUUACUUUAGACGAUUCCUUAGGCAGCAGGAAAUGCUGUCGUUACUGUGACGCAUGCAGGUUCCAGACAUCUCAAAGUCGCCUGCAUCGCUUUUCGUGGGCAGAGCAGGUUGAGGACCAUGAGAUCUGCCUGUAGCAGUGGGCGCGUGCUCAUCUCAUCCACUUUGGAUCUCUGCCUCCACCAUGUGGCACAAGGUGAUAGAACAGCAGGUCCAGGUUCUGUUCGUUCAGUGAUGCUCAGGGCCACAAUGAGUGAAGCAGGAUAUUGAAUACUGUCCCUCCACCGUUAAUUAGAUCACGUACGCUUCUAUUAAACUAUGUACUCCUUCAAAUGAGCCAAACCUGUAUAUUGGUCUCACACACUGUAUUAACGUACAUACUUCUGUUUUAUUAUGUAUCUUACAGAGUUUAUGCAUGUGACAGGAAGCUUUAGUCAAGUUGUGCCAGUUUAAGCUGAUGUCAGAGUUUUCACCUAUAAACAUUAUUAUAACUAUAAAUAUGUUUGUGUAAACUCUU